CUGCUGGGAUUAUAGGCAUGUGCCACUGUGUCUGCUUCACAGCGUUCUUGUCUUUCUCCCUUUAUAGCAUUUAUCUAAAAUGUAAUUAAGUAACUUCUCAUAACUCCUUACUGCCUCUUGCCCACCUGCCAGAAUGUAAGCUGCCAGAAAGCCGAAACCACCUUUAUCUUGGUCCCCGUGACACUCCCAAAGCCAAGCCCAGUGCCUGACACCUAAACACUAGGCACGUGAUACUUUUCUUUCUUUUGAAUAAUUACUCAUUAAGCCCCAAUUAGGUGCCACACUUUGUUUAUGUGUCUGCUUUAUUAGCAAGGCAGGGGAAACCCCGUUUUCCAGUAGAGGAAAUUGAAGCUCAGGAAUGGGAAGUGGUCACUGGCAAUGCCAGGACUCAACUCCAUGUGCCCCCAUCCUGCCCCUUUGUUGGAGUCUAUUGAACUUGACCUCUCUGACCAGACCCACGGAGUGCUUCCUUCAUGCUGUUUCCAUGGGAAGCAGCUUAGAAGUCAUUUGUGUUGGCUGCUUGCUCUUCCUGCUCCUGCUGCUUGGCAUCUUCCCCCUCUUUCCUGCCCUUUAGGCAUCUACACCCCGUCCCACCUCAGACUCCUCCCUUUGGUCUCAAGGGGAGGCCCCUCCUCUUCCAUCCUCUCCUCCAGAGGUUUGGUCCAAACAAGGCUGCUGAGUAACCAUUCCCUGACCAGCAGCCACAGCACCAUGACCAUCAGGAACCAGCAAUGGGCCUCCUUCCCAGGCUUCUAGGAGUGAGCCAGUGUCACCCUCUGGGCAGUGCCCCCAACCACCUUCCCUAGCAGGAUUUCCGACCAGUAACCCAAGCGGGACCUGAAACUCUUUUGAGCUCGGUGUGUAAGACCUGGUUGCUUCUGGGAGGACCUGGGAGGAGUUCUGCCUCCCGAUCUAUCUCUGGUGCCCCCUGCUGGAAAAAGUCAGAUGCAGGGAAGCAUCUCCCAGCUGGCUCGGCCUGAAGGUCUCAAAUGGGACAUCUGAGACUUGAGAUGAAUUUGGGACGAAGAAGAGCUGGCCACCUAUAAAGUUCCGGCUGCAGGACCAUGAAGACCAUUUGUAAAGGGCAGCUUCUGUGUUCUGCACCCCAAGGAAAUGGAUGAAAGAGCUUCACUCCGGAUUAGGUAGAGGGUGAGGAGAAGGUCUGGGGAGUUUGCCUCCGUGCCGGUGCUGCCUCUGCUGUGCCCCCCUCGGGGCCAUCUCUUGGCUUCCCGUGGAUCGUUGAGCUCACACACAGCAAUGGAGAGCUGAUCUCAGCUGUCGGCUCAGCUGUGCUGCCAGCCCUGGAGCCUCAUCCCAUUUCACUGAUGAGGCAAGUGUGAAAAAUGGAGCGUAAUGGAGACGUCACAAGAUCUCCCAGGCCCUGGACUGGAGCAGCCUGCUCUCCAUCCAUCUGGAACUGCCAGGGGCGAUGAGGAUGCGUGCUUGUCCAGCUCACUGCUCUUCGGAAAAGAUGCGCCAAGAGGAGAAGACCAACUACAUGGUGGUGCAGACAAGCGAGGAGGGGCUGGCAGCUGGUGACGAGCUCCCCGGACCACUCCUGAUGCUGGCCCAGAACUGUGCCGUCAUGCACAACCUGCUGGGGCCUGCCUGUAUUUUUCUGCGCAAGGGUUUUGCCGAGAACAGACAGCCUGACAGAUCGCUGCGACCAGAGGAGAUUGAAGAGCUCCGAGAGGCCUUCAGAGAAUUUGACAAGGACAAGGAUGGCUACAUCAACUGUCGGGACCUGGGCAACUGUAUGCGCACCAUGGGCUACAUGCCCACUGAAAUGGAGCUCAUUGAGCUAUCCCAGCAGAUCAACAUGAACUUGGGUGGCCAUGUGGAUUUUGAUGACUUCGUGGAGCUAAUGGGGCCUAAACUCCUGGCAGAGACGGCUGAUAUGAUUGGAGUAAAGGAACUGAGAGACGCCUUUCGAGAGUUUGACACCAACGGUGAUGGUGAGAUUAGCACCAGUGAGCUGCGAGAGGCCAUGAGGAAGCUCCUGGGUCAUCAGGUGGGACACCGAGACAUAGAGGAGAUUAUCCGAGAUGUGGACCUCAAUGGGGAUGGACGAGUGGACUUUGAAGAGUUUGUCCGGAUGAUGUCCCGCUGAGGCCUCAAGGGCCCCUCCAGGACUGCCAAGCUCCCACAGGCGGGGAGGGGAGAAGAGGAGCCAGAGCGGCCUCACCCCGCCGUAGCCGCUGAGAGCCCAGGAUGUACUGGCGGAUGGGGCCUGCCUGCACCCCGGGGAGGUGCCCACCCCGGACCCCCACCCCUCCGCACUGUGAAAGACUCACAACUCCUGCAACUGGAAAGGGGGGCGCCCGCCGACGAGGAGGCCGCAGUGCCAAGCCGGCAGAGGUCACGCCAGGCGCCAAGUGCCACGUACCCAGCCGCCGCUGGCUGGGUGGGCCAGGGAGCCCGCCAGCAGACCCCACACAGCAUGUGUGCCCCGGGGCAAAGCCUCCCGCCGCCCUCCUUAGCUCUGUGCCCGUCCCAGCUCGCCUCAGCCCUGUGAUCUCAGAACCAAUAAAAGUAUUUCCAAGAGACAGAUGGCGGGGG